UUAAAUUUCUCUGUCUUCUACUUUUCUUUCCCCAGCUACAUCCGCUACUCGCAGAUCUGUGCAAAAGCUGUCAGGGACGCCCUGAAGGCCGAAUUCAAAGCCAAUGCUGAGAAGACUUCUGGCCACAGCGUGAAGGUUGUGAAAGUGAAGAAGGACUAAUCUACCCAGACUAAAGCUUGAAAUGCCACCUGGCCGAGGAGAAGCCGUGUGGGCCGUCUUGUGGCAGAGUGAACGGCGUCUCUCCGGUGGGGGUAGGGGUGGGGUGUUCUGUCUGGUAAGAGAUGAACAAUAAACUGACGUGUGGCUGA